ACAAUGGCAAAAGUUGAUGGUGAUGAAAACGAAAAGAAUGCACUUGAUUGUCAAGAUCAGGAUAUUUUACGUAAAAUUUUCGAAAAAUGUAAAUAUGAAAGUGUUCAUGGUUUGCAGAGACCUUUAGAAUUAUAUAGAGAGAGAGUAUUGUAUUACACUGAUACAACAGAACACGUAUUAGAUGCCGUAUUGAACUCUGAAAACGUUAGCUAUCGACCUGAUUUAUUUGAUCGAGCUGUUAUAAAUGAUUCAUUAAAAACAAUGUAUGCGCAGCAAGAAUCAUUUUCGUUUAAUGAUAUUUACGAAAAAAUAAAGGAGAAAGUUAAGGUACCAAACAUAAACAUGUUUUGCCGUGGUAUGAAGCAAUUGGGAUAUAAACCGAUGAAUACUAAUUAUGGGCAUAUUAUAAUCGAAGAUCCUAAACUUUCUUACGAAAGAUAUCUAUUUUUAAAAAAGAUAAUUAAGUUAAGAUCCGCUUCUAAAGCGAUUUACUACAUAGACGAAAGAAUAAUAGACUUGAACAAAACUUUUAAAAAGCCUUGGCUUGAUAAUGAAGAUGUGGCCAAUAAUGAAGGAUAUGUUUUUUACCAUGUUGUAUCUAAAAACGGACUGGAAAAAGGAUUAUUUUGUAACCAACCUAACGCGGAAGAUUUCAGUAAAUGGAUUAGUGACAUUGUUUUGUCUUUUAUGAAAGCUUCAAGUGUCAUAAUAAUGGAUAACAGUCCGCUGCAUGGAAAAACAGUUAUUGAACCAAUAUCUAGGCACCAUACUAAGGCCGAUAUGUUAAGCUGGUUACAGCGUAAUAACAUUCCAUACUCGCCGAGUAUGCGUAAAGCCGAAUUAUAUGAUCUCAUUGCACGAUGUCCCGUUAAGGAUAGGCGGUAUCAACUAGAUAUGAUUUUUCAAGCCCAUGGACAUGAGGUUCUACGUCUUCCAGAAAACUAUCAUGACCUAUCUAUGACCGAACUAUUGUGGGAACAUAUCCUUUCGAGCUCAUUCUCGUUUGAAACUACGAACGUUUUCAACUUAAAGACCAAAGUGUAUAAUGCCAUAACAUCCAUUCGCCAGGAAAAGUGGCUUCAGUUCGAAACAAUUAUUAAAGACACCGAGAAUAAUAUAUACGUCGUAGACGAAGCCAUCGAGCAGGCAUUGGAUGCAUAUGAAAUUGAUCCAAGAGUUGUUAAGUAACUAGGACGCGAUUUAUGUAUUUUUUUUUAAACGUUUCCA